AUGAAGACGUUCGAGUUAUUCCAGAUGUCCUUGACAUCUUCUGCUUUUCGAAAUAUGAUAAAGCAAGUUAGAUUUCACUGUCUAAACAAAAGCCGUAUUAUAAUUCAAGAUAAUUCGUUUGACAAUAGACGCUUUUUGAUCAUUCCAGAGGAAGGGCCGUACCGUUGCUUUGGAGCCAUAACAAUUCGAGCAUCAAAAGCUCCAGAACCAAAAGAAGCUCCUAAACGACAGAAAGGAAAAAGGAGCAUUGCAGUUAUAAACAGAGUAAAGAUGACGUUGAUAAGCGAUUUUCAAGAUGAUUCUUUUGGUUAUUUGUACACGGAAGGUGGAACGGAGAAUUAUAUGUCUGCGAUGAAAUUCUGUGUUGACACUUUUGACUGUAUCUUUGAACGACUAUUCAUCGACUUUAGCAAACAGGAUUUUGAACAAUACAAGCCGGAAAUAGCGAUAGCUGAUGAAUGGCAGCAUGUAACGUUUUAUUAUGAACGUGUUUCAAAUGAAGAAAUAUAUAGAUUUUGCGAAAAUUUGAAAGUUACAAAAUCUUUCGAUUUCCACUUGAGCUUUCAACCGAAUUUUGAGCUCCCACCAUUGUUCCGAUCUUAUAUUGAAAAUAUCCAACUUAGAGGCGACUGGUUAAAUGGAGAGGUUCUUUGUUCAUUGAAUUGCCAAAACGUAACGUUGUAUGACACCGAGCUCAAUGCCAGGGAAUUAUUGAAAUUUGUGACAAAUUGGUAUAACUCGGACAACAAAGUUUUGAGAAACGUUGAAAUUUAUCGGAAUGAAAAGAAAUUUGCACGAUUGGACCUGAAAGCUUUCAAUCCCACGAAAUUCAAGGUGGAUGACAGAAAAUCAGAAGAAGAAGAAGAUUGGGAAGCCAUUCAUUCUGAGUAUGGGUACGAUAUCAAAAGAAAGGAUGGAAUGAUAGCAUCUAUCUGUCAGAACGACCAUAAUUUUCAUUUCUUUGUUUGGCAUCACACCUUCACCGACAUGAAAAGCUGA